AGUACAUUUUAAAAUUUGAUUGUUGAUCAUUUACCGCGUGGUGAAGUUUAUUUUCUUUUACACAAUUUUAUCUUAAAUGAUUCAAAAAUAUUAAAAUAAAAAACCCAAACAAAUAAAAUGCCAAGUCAAAGUAGUAAAAUAUUUCGUCGUAAUCGAUCCCUCGGCUAUGUGAGCAAUCAAGUUCCCGCUUUAGUUCGUUAUGUCUUCAAUCGCAAGGACAACAUCAUAACCACAUGCAUUGGACGUUCAUUCCAAGUCUAUAACUCCAACAAGUUCCGCUUGCUGCACGUCAGCAAUGUCCACUCCGAUGACAUUACCUGCAUGGCCAAUGACCGUUAUCAUGUCUACACUGCCGCUGAUAAGACGAUCUAUGCCUGGAAGGCUGGCAAACACAACAUCCACACCUAUAGGGGCCACACCAAGAACAUCCACUUGAUGCUGCCCUUCCACAAACAUCUCGUUGCCAUUGACGAAUCGAAUCUGAUGAAAGUCUGGGACAUUGAGAGUGAAACUGUGUUCCUCGAGGUGCCUUUCUCUCCUGAUGACUUCCUCAUAACUGCCAUUGCCCAUCCACCGACCUACAUAAACAAGAUACUCUUGGGAAGUCAAAAGGGCGAGUUGAAGCUGUGGAACUUGCGAGAGAACCGACUGGUGUACACUUUUGCUGGCUUCGGCAGCAAAGUGAUGGCCAUUGUACCGGCUCCAGCUUUGGAUGUGGCUGCCAUUGGCCACAGCGAUGGAAGUACCGUUCUACUCAACUUGAAGUUCGAUGAGGUUCUCAUGCAAUUCAAACAAGAUUGGGGUCCGGUCACCGGAAUAUCCUUCCGCACCGAUGGACAGCCAAUCAUGGUGACCUCGAGCAACAAUGGAAAUAUCGCCUUUUGGAAUCUUGAAGAGAAAAAGGUGGCCAGUCAAAUGAAAGCCCACGAAGGUUCAGUAACCACAACCAUCUGCUUCCCAAAUGAACCCCUCCUGCUGACCACCUCGCCGGAUAACUCGAUGAAAUUGUGGAUCUUCGACAUGCCUGAUGGUGGGGCUCGACUCCUCAGACUGCGUGAUGGCCACCAGGCCCCUCCUCUUUGCAUUCGAUACCAUGGCAACAAGGGUGAUUCCAUUGUGUCCUCGGGUGAAGAUAGCGCCCUGAGAGUCUUCAGUACCAUAACCGAGAUGUUGAAUCGUUCGAUGGGAAAAGCCAGUUACAAUCGAAAGGCAUCCAAAAAAAGAAAUCGUUUGGAAUUUGAUGUCCUGACCAUGCCUCCGAUUAUUGAAUUCACAACCGAAAUGACCAGGGAGAAGGAAUGGGAUAGCAUUGCGGCAAUACACUCGGGAAUCAUUCAAACCACGACAUGGUCCUUCAGCAAAGGCAAAAUGGGUGAUCUCAGGCUUGUUCCGCAGCAGUUCCAGAAUAAAAACAGGACGGAUUUCUCAGCACAGACCACUUGCUUGAUUUUGACACAUUGUGGCAAUUUUGUUAUCAUUGGUUACUCCAGCGGUGACAUAGAACGAUUUAACAUCCAAUCAGGUAUCCAUCGGGCCAGCUACGGGCGACCGGGCCACACAAAAGCCGUCCGAGGAGUUGCUUGCGAUAAUCUGAAUCAAUUCGUUGUCUCUGGCUGCAGUGAGGGUUUGCUGAAGUUCUGGCAUUUCAAAGGAAACACCAACAAAGAGAUCGCAAAACCCACAGAAACUCUACGAAUGUCAGAUGGAGUGACAAUGAUCCGAUCGCAUCGUGAAAGUGCCAUGCUCUGUGUGGCUUUGGAGAGUUUUGGUCUGUACGUCGUUGACUCCGACACAAAGACGAUUGUGAGGAAAUUCCUAGGACACACUUCAAAAAUCAACGACGUCACCUUCAGCCCCGACAGUCGUUGGCUGAUAAGUGCAGCCAUGGACUCAACCAUCAAAGUCUGGGACAUCCCCUCGUCCUAUAUGAUUGAUCACUUCAAAGUGGAACGACCCUGUGUGUCACUGACGAUGUCUCCGACGGGCGAUUUCCUGGCAACAGCACACGUCAACUUUUUGGGUGUAUUCCUGUGGGCCAAUAAAACGCUCUUCAAUCACAUAUCGCUGCGCUCCAUCAAUCCCUACGACGAGGCGCCGCAUGUUGAUCUGCCGACGAGCGUGUGUGAUGAGGUGAGCUUGGAGACUGCCAUUGAGGAGCUAAGUGUUGGCAAUGAGGAAGGUGAAGAAGUCGAUAUGCACUACGAGAGUCCAAGUCAGAUUUCCGAAGAGCUGAUUACAAUGUCAGGUGCAGCGGAGGCACGCUGGCAGAAUCUUCUCGACCUCGACACCAUUAAGAAACGCAACAAACCAAAAGCCCCACCAAAAGCUCCCAAACAAGCUCCCUUCUUCCUUCCCACAGUCGCUGGCAUUGACUUGAAAUUCGAUCUGUCUGCGGCCACUAAGGAAGAUGACAACACAAAGAUGAUAACACCCUCCAGCUUUAACAACCUCACCAAAUUCGGUACACUUCUUGAGGAGACAACCACAUCGGGCGAUUACAAAAGCUGUGUGGAAUACCUCAAGAAACUCGGCCCAUCUAUGAUUGACUUCGAAGUUAAGUCACUGCAUCCAAUUGGUGGUGGGUCGUACAAGUCGAUGACGCAAUUUCUCAAGACCAUCAGUUAUAUGCUCUCGACAAACUGUGAUUUCGAGUUGAGUCAAGCUUAUUUGAGUAUUUUUCUGAAAUCCCACGGAACAGCGCUUGUUGAGAGACCGGAGAUUCUGAAAGCCCUCAAAGAAGUUGAAGAGGAACAGAAGAGGAGUUGGGAUGUCUUGGAACAAACAUUUUUGUACGGGUUAGGAGUUGUCUCGGCGUUGAGGAAUUAUGUUAAUUGAACUUAGGAAAUCGUUGUAAAUGUAUAAAUGUACGAGUAGUGGACAAAAAUUAAAAUUAUUUUUUUUUCUUAAAA